ACGAAUCCGUCGCCGCUUGAUAGUCUUGCGUGUGCUGUUCAUCCGUGUGAGCGUACGCCGUGUGUGUUCGCGGUUCUUGCAAAGUACGCACAUUCUUCGCGUCCGCUCGGUCCUAUCGUGCCAUCCAGUGAUUUCCGGCGAAGCACACGCAUAUAUACACACGCGCCCGCCUGUCCGGACGAACCGUCGUGCAGACGCCAAACGAAUAUACCAGCGUAAGACACCGGUAGAAAGAAACGCGCGCGCGCGCGCGUUCACCCCCGGUCGAUCUCGCCCGUUUUACGCCCUCGGCGCGGGGCGGCGCUUUCCGAAGCGCACCACCACCACCACCACCGUCACCGCCACACUGACACAGCACCAGACCAUGUGGAUCGCCCGCUGCCCGGAGGUGCACUACCGUCGUCGUCACCGCUGACCGUCGUCUUCAGAGAAACGCGAUGUGCAGCCGAUAACGCCGUCCGAUAAGCGCACUGCUACAGAGAGAAGGCAUCCCGCAUAAUAUAUUAUAAUAUUCAUAUAUAUAUAUAUAUAUUAAUAUCUAGUGGCCGCUGACCAAGAUGUAGGCGGAAAAUUCUAGACGAUCAAGACGCUACUGAAGGUGAAUGUUACAUUGCCUGCGUGUGGGUGGUCACUGCAAUGACUUAAGAGUAAACGAUGAAUAUAACGUCAUAAGCCACAGAGUAGAAGCGUCUACACUAGGGGUUGCCGAUCGACACAUUAUAGAAGUUCAAGUACUGUUCAUAUAACCGGAAAACAGAAAGGGAAAGCGAGACGCUCAGAUAGACGGACGAACCGACAGAAACGCGGGGGUCGGAGAGCGGACCCGCGAUGAAGUCGUCGUCGUCGAGGACGUCGGCCCUGCUAACGGCCGUGGUGGCCGCUGUGGCCCUGGUGGCCAUGUGUCGGGCACCGGGCGCCGGUUGUAGCGACGGCAGUGCACCGCUGUCGCCCCACAUGCACCACAACAUAGCGAUAUUGCCCAGCGACGUGUAUCCGGGGUACGGCAUCAAGCAGUUCGCAAGCGAUAACAAGUACGCGUACUUCCGGCUGUUGGAGACCGGGUUCUCGCAGUUCUUCGCGGUGCUCAAGGACGGGCUGCUGAUGACUACCACCGACCUGGGGCUGCUGGUCAAGCGGCCCGUCAACUUGGUGGUACUGGAGGAGUCGCCAAACGCCACGUUCACGCACAACAUGCAGCUGUUCGUGUUGGAGAAACGCGAGAUGCUGCGGUUCGCCGGCGACGCAGCCUACCCGGAUGGAAAGGUGUCUGAGAACAAGCCACCGGGGACGAGGGUUCGAGGCGUGCCGGUGCUGCACGCGUUCGGUGAAGGCGUGGCCGGACUUCCCAUACGGUACGCGAUCGUAGACGGCAACGACGACGGAGCGUUCGCGCUCAAGACGGCCGAGAACAUCAUCGCGGGAAACAUCACCAACAAGUCGUACUACCGAGGCGUGCACCUGGUCACUAAGCGGCCGUUGGACAGGGAACAGCGCCCUUCGUACGACCUGAUUGUGCAGGCGGCUGACGGCAGCGGCAUCGACAAAGCGUACGCCACCGUGCACGUGGACGUGUUGGACGAAAACGACAACAGCCCCGUGUUCGAACAGGCCCUGUACAAGAUCAACGUGGACGGAUUCGCGCUGGGCAUAGACAACGGGACGGCGGGCCCCGGUCGGUACUCGGCCGUGGGCCGCGUGUCCGCGUCGGACGCGGACGGUGACCGGGUCGCUUACCGACUGUCCGCGCCCAGCGCCGCCGUCGUUGUCGUCCCGCAAACUGGUGAACUGCUCGUGUCUGACGACGUUCUCCGGUCCCGCGAAUACUUUGAGUGCCAGUUGACCGUGGACGCGCACGACCUGCGCGAGCCGUCCCGAGUUGCCGAACGACCGGCCACCGUCUGGAUCCAGUACAACUUCGUCGUGCUCGACGACGACGUGCUCAUGCAAGAUUUUGGCGCGUACGACGACUCGGCCGAUCAUCGGGUGUACAAACGCCGCGUGACGCGGGCCGUGCGACCGACUAAACGGAUAGAGUUCACAGAGACCGACGGCGAACAAGAGGGCCGGAGCGUGUUUCCGCUGGAGAAGGAGACUGAGAAGGAAACGUUCAAGAUCCGAGACGAGAAUCCGUGGGUAACGGUUGAGCCGAACGGCGCCGUCCGGGUCAAAAAGAAGUGGGACUACGAGGAGCUGGGCCCCGAGAAGACUAUCGACUUUUGGGUGACCAUCACAAACGCAGGCGUAGGAGGAGUGAAAUAUACGGACAAUCAGAGAGUUAUAAUACAUGUAAAAGACGUCAACGACGAGCCUCCAUACUUCAUCAACCGACCGCUGCCAAUGCAAGCCGUAGUGCAGUUAAACGCGCCACCGAACACGCCAAUAUUCACUCUUCAGGCACGCGAUCCGGACACCGAUCACAGUAUACAUUACUUCAUCGUUAGGGACAGAACUGGUGGGAGGUUCGAGGUGGACGAGCGGUCAGGUGUCGUUCGAACCAGAGGAACCGAUCCGUUCCAAUUGGACAUGGAAUACGUUUUGUACGUAAAGGCUGAAGACCAGAACGGUAGGAUGGAUGAACGCCGUUUUCAGUCGACACCCGAAGAACGUUUAUCGAUCGUCGGUGGCAAGAGAGCUCCGCAGUUUUACAUGCAGUCAUAUGAAGCGGAAAUACCGGAAAAUCAAAGAAAAGACUCCGACAUAAUAUCAGUAAAAGCUAAAUCGUUUGCUGACCGAGAGAUACGUUACACGCUCAAAGCCCAGGGCCAAGGCGCUGGGACGUUUAAUAUUGGGCCGACAUCCGGUAUCGUGAAACUAGCUAAGGAAUUGGAUUUCGAGGAUUUGAGACAACCGCAUGUAUACUCAUUGAUCGUCACUGCUACCGAGGAUUCUGGUGGAUUUUCAACGUCCGUCGAGCUCACCAUUCGCGUGACGGACGUCAACGACAAUGCGCCCAAGUUUGAGCUUCCCGAUUACCAGGCACACAACGUGGACGAAGAUAUCCCGCUUGGAACUUCCAUACUAAAAGUGAAAGCUAUGGACGCAGACUCUGGUGAAAACGCUGAGAUCGAGUACCACGUGAGUGACGAUCAUUUUGCAGUCGAUGCUUCAGGAAUCGUCAACAACAAUAAGCAACUGGACGCCGACAACAAUAACGCCUAUUACGAAUUCGUUUUGACCGCUAAGGACAAAGGGGAACCUCCAAAGACAGGAACGGCCACCAUACGGAUUUACACGAAAAACAAAAACGACGAGGAACCAAAAUUUUCACAGCAAGUGUACACGCCGAACGUUGACGAAAAUGCCGGUCCCAAUACGCUUGUGACCACGGUAGUGGCUUCCGACAAGGAUGGUGAUAAUGUCAGAUUUGGAUUCGUGGGUAGCGGCACGUCCUCUGGUCAGUUUGUCAUCGAAGAGAUCACCGGUGUAAUCCGGCUGCACUCGAAAUCGAUAUCGCUCGAGAGGGACAAAUACGAACUAAACGUAACUGCCGUGGACGAUGGAGCGUGUUGCGUGAACGGCGCGGCGACCAUCCACACCAGUACCGCGGUCGUCGUGGUUUUCAUCACCGACGUCAAUGACAACAAGCCGGUAUUCAGGGAAUGCGCCAAGUACAACCCCAAAGUCGAAGAAGGCGCGCCAAAUGGCAGUCCGGUGCUUAAGGUUCACGCGACUGACGAGGACAAAGGCGUCAACGGACAAGUGAAAUACUCGAUUGUCCAGCAGCCGAAUCAAAAAGGCACAAAGUUCACUGUCGACGAAGAAACAGGCGAAGUUUCUACCAACAAGGUGUUUGAUCGAGAAGGCGACGAUGGCAAAUUUGUAUCGGUCACAAUUAAAGCUACCGAUCAGGGAGAUCCGUCGCUGGAAGGCGUUUGCUCUUUCACAGUCGAGAUCACUGACGUAAAUGACAAUCCGCCGUUGUUUGACCGUCAGAAAUACGUGGAAAACGUGAAACAAGACGCCAGCAUCGGUACGAACAUUCUGAGAGUGUCAGCUUCCGACGAGGACGCUGACAAUAACGGCGCGAUCGUUUAUUCGCUCACCGCCCCGUACCCGGGUGAUGAUUUGGACUACUUUGAGAUUCAACCGGAAUCCGGGUGGAUCGUUUUAAAGAAACCACUCGACCGCGAGACGUACAAGCUGGAAGCCACUGCCCAAGAUAAGGGAUACCCUCCUUUGUCUCGGAGUGUCGAGGUCCAGAUCGACGUGGUGGACCGAGCCAACAACCCACCGGUCUGGGACCACGUCGUGUACGGGCCCAUCUACAUAAAAGAAAACAAGCCAGUCGGGGCAAAAGUGGUAUCUAUUAAAGCCAGCUCGGGCAUCGAGGGAAAUCCGACCGUGUUCUAUCGGCUAAUGCCGGGAUCCACAGCACAGACGAACAAGUUCCAUACGUUCUACUUGCAACAGAGGCAAGACAACGGUUUCACUUGGGCUGACAUAAAAGUCAAUCAUCCGCUGGACUACGAAACGAUCAAAGAAUACAAUUUGACUAUUCGCGUGGAGAAUAACGGAGCUCAACAACUUGCGUCCGAAGCGACAGUGUACAUUAUGCUGGAAGACGUGAACGACGAAAUACCGUUGUUUACCGAACGUGAACAAGAGACUGUCCUGGAAGGUGAGCCGAUUGGCACCAAAGUAACUCAAGUCAAUGCGAUCGACAAAGACGGCACGUUCCCGAACAACCGGGUAUAUUACUAUGUGGUCGAUUCACCGCGGAAUGAAGGAAAGGAUUAUUUUGAAAUAAACACAGAAACCGGUGAGGUGUUCACGAAAAUAGUUUUUGACAGAGAAAAGCAAGGCGCGUACGCUCUGGAAGUUGAAGCCCGAGACGGAGCCCCAUCUGCCAGGCCCAACAAUGGCGAAGCUCCGAAUUCAGUGUCUAAGUUCAUACGAAUUGGUAUUGCUGACAAGAAUGACAACCCACCGUACUUUGACAAGGCCUUAUACGAGGCUGAAGUCGACGAAAACGAAGACAUACAGCACACAGUUCUCACCGUGACAGCGAAGGACCACGAUGAAUCGUCCAGAAUACGUUACGAGAUAACAGGAGGAAAUCUCGGCGGGGCGUUUGCAGUUAAAAAUAUGACCGGUGCCAUUUAUGUCGCCGGUCCGUUGGACUACGAGACGAGGAAAAGGUACGAAUUACAUCUAUCCGCGUCGGACAACUUGAAAGAAAACCACACGAUAGUCGUGAUCCAUGUGAAAGACGUUAACGAUAAUCCACCGGUGUUCGAACGGCCUACGUACAGGACACAAAUCACUGAAGAGGACGAUCGGAACUUGCCCAAACGCGUCUUACAGGUAACGGCCACUGAUGGCGACAAAGAUCGUCCGCAGAACAUCGUUUAUUUCCUCACGGGUCAGGGAAUUGAUCCCGACAACCCGGCCAACAGUAAAUUCGACAUCAAUCGUACAUCGGGAGAAAUUUUCGUUCUCAAGCCUUUAGACAGAGAUCAGCCGAACGGUAGACCACAGUGGAGAUUUACCGUGUUCGCGCAGGACGAAGGGGGCGAAGGAUUAGUCGGAUAUGCUGACGUCCAAGUGAACUUAAAAGACAUCAACGAUAACGCGCCGGUAUUCCCGCAAGGAGUGUACUGGGGAAAUGUAACCGAAAACGGAACAGCCGGAAUGGUGGUGAUGACAAUGACGGCGGUGGAUUACGACGACCCAGCCGAAGGCACUAACGCUAAAUUGAUAUAUUCGAUCGAGAAAAACGUGAUAGAAGAAGAAACUGGUACUCCGAUAUUCGAAAUCGAAUCCGAUACAGGUGUCAUAAAGACAGCUGUAUGCUGUUUGGAUCGAGAACGCACUCCAGACUAUUCUAUCCAAGUUGUUGCCAUGGACGGUGGAGGCCUAAAAGGUACGGGCACCGCUUCCAUUCGUGUGAAGGAUAUCAACGACAUGCCACCGCAGUUCACGAAAGAAGAGUGGCUCACUGAAGUCGACGAGACCGACGGAUUUAAUUUCCCGGAAACUCCCAUAUUGACCGUGACGGUACACGAUGAAGACGAGACCAACAAGUUCCAAUACAAAGUGAUAGAAAACAGCGGUUACGGAGCGGAUAAAUUCACCAUGGUACGAAACAAUGACGGCACCGGAUCGCUUAAAAUCGUUCAACCAUUGGAUUAUGAGGACCAACUACAGAGUAACGGAUUCCGUUUCAGAAUCCAAGUCAAUGACAAGGGCGAAGACAACGAUCACGAUAAAUAUCACGUUGCUUACUCGUGGGUUGUCGUCAAAUUGCGCGAUAUCAAUGACAACAAGCCACAGUUCGAACGACCCAACAUCGAAGUGUCGGUGUACGAAAACGUGGAAGUUGGCAAGAGCUUGGAAACGUUUAAAGCCACUGAUCCGGAUCAAGGAGGCAAGAGCAAAGUGUCGUACGCUAUUGACCGUGUAUCCGACCGCCGCCGUCAAUUCCGCAUCAGUCAAGAAGGAACUGUUUCCAUUCAACGGCAACUGGACAGGGAAGAAACUCCUAGACAUCAGGUGAAAAUUUUGGCCAUCGACGACGGCGUUCCACCAAAAACAGCAACAGCCACCCUUACGGUUAUUGUCCAGGAUAUCAACGAUAACGCUCCAAAGCUUCUUCGUGAUUACCGACCUGUGUUGCCAGAACACGUACCAGCCAGAAAAGUCGUUGAAGUCUUAGCUACCGACGACGACGACCGUUCGAAAAGCAACGGGCCGCCAUUUACAUUCAGGAUGGAUCCAAACGCGGAUGACGUGAUCAGAGCUUCGUUCAAAGUUGAACAUGAUCAAAAGGGUGCCAACGGUGACGGUAUGGCUGUAAUCUCGUCGCUCAGAUCAUUCGACCGAGAACAACAGAAAGAAUAUCUUAUACCGAUUGUGAUCAAAGACUCCGGUAAUCCUGCAAUGACGGGCACAAGUACUCUAACAGUUAUCAUUCGAGACGUGAAUGAUAACAAAAUGCAACCGGGAUCCAAAGAAAUAUUUGCUUAUAAUUAUAUGGGCCAAGCUCCGGACACAGAAAUCGGUCGCGUGUACGUGUACGAUUUGGACGACUGGGAUUUGCCAGACAAAAAAUUCUACCCGGACGGCACCGAACAUCCGCGAUUUAAGCUAAACGAUACCACGGGAAUGAUCAUGAUGCGCCAUGGUACAAGAGAGGGCCAAUACCAUUUGCGAUUUAAGGUGUAUGACCGCAAACACACACAAACGGACAUAUCUGCGAAUGUCACUGUCACGGUUAAAGAAAUUUCGCCCGAGGCAGUUAUGAACGCAGGGUCAAUACGUAUCGCUGGCAUAUCCGACGAAGAUUUCAUCAGAAUAUGGAACUAUAGAACGCAGAGCUUAGUUAGGAGCAAAGCCGAUAAAUUCAAGGAUAAACUUGUGGACAUUUUAAACACACCCAGAGAAAAUAUCGACAUUUUUAGUGUUCAGUUGAAACAAAAGUACCCUCCGUUAACCGACAUUAGGUUCUCUGCUCACGGAUCGCCUUACUACAAAACGGUGAAACUCAACGGUCUGGUACUGAUGCACCGCGAAGAGAUUGAAAAAGAUGUGGGAAUAAACAUCACUAUGGUCGGAAUUGACGAAUGUCUGUACGAGUACGUAAACUGCGAGGGUAGUUGCACGAACGUAUUCGAGAUUAACACGCUACCGUACAUGGUGAACGCCAAUAAGACGGCGCUGGUCGGUGUUCGAAUCGAUACUUACGCAGAAUGCACCUGCGGAGCCCGAAACUUCACGAAAAUCGAAACGUGCCGAUCGAGCCCAUGUUUGAACGGUGGUCGGUGCACAGAUACCAGAAACGGGCCGACGUGCGAAUGCUUGAAUGGCUUCAACGGACCCAGGUGCCAGCAAACGGCCAGGAGCUUCAAGGGUAGCGGAUGGGCAUGGUAUCCGCCCUUGGAGAUGUGUGACAACUCUCAUUUGAGCCUCGAAUUCGUAACAAGAAAAGCAGACGGACUAAUGCUGUACAACGGUCCCAUAGUGCCACCUGAACCCGAAGAAACACUUGUAUCAGAUUUCAUAUCAAUCGAGUUGGAUAGGGGUCAACCGCGUCUGCUCAUCGACUUCGGGUCUGGUACAUUAGAGCUUAAGGUGAAAACAAAAAAGAGUUUAGACGAUGGCGAGUGGCAUAAAAUUGACGUAUUUUGGGACACGGAGAAUAUCCGUUUGGUGGUGGACAACUGCCGUUCAGCGGACAUUUCCGAACUAGAAGACGGUUCGCAUCCGGAGUUCGACGAUGCCUCUUGCCAGGCCCAGGGUACGAUACCGCCGUUCAACGAGUACCUUAAUAUCAAUUCACCGCUACAAAUCGGCGGCCGGUAUGUACAGGACUUUGACCCCACUCACUAUCAUUGGCAAUCUGCCCCGUACGGCAAAGGGUUCGACGGCUGCAUCAAAAACGUCUAUCACAACAGCAAGCUUUAUGAUCUGGCCAACCCAGGACUCACCAGGAACAGCGUUGCCGGAUGUCCUCAAACCGAAGAUUUAUGCAUGCAGUUAGUAGGCCACAGGUGUUCUGAACACGGAUCGUGCGUGGGUAGUAUGGUGGAACCGCGGUGCGAGUGCAACCCUGGCUGGUCGGGUGCCGAUUGCCUCACACCCACCAUACCAACCACGUUCCGGCCCCAGAGUUACGUGAAGUACGCCCUAUCGUUUGACGCUGACAAAUUCAUGACCAAAAUCCAAUUACGGUUCAGGACGCGCGAAGAACAUGGAGAGUUGUUCAGAGUCAGUGACCAACACAACCGCGAAUAUGCUAUUCUCGAAAUUAAAGACAGCAAACUGCAUUUCCGGUACAACUUGAACAGCUUACGGACUGAGGAAAGAGACGUGUGGCUAAGCGCCGUAACCGUUGACGACGGUAAAUGGCACACAGCCAAAGUGUCAAGAUACGGUUCAUCGGCAAUUUUAGAAUUAGACGGUGGCGAAGGAAAACAUUAUAACGAAACUUAUCGAUUCGAAGGGCAUCAGUGGCUAAUGGUAGACAAGCAAGAAGGAGUGUACGCUGGUGGAAAGGCCGAGUACACAGGUGUUCGAACAUUUGAAGUAUACGGUGACUUCCAAAAAGGUUGCUUGGACGACAUACGCUUGGAGGGAAGAUAUUUGCCAUUGCCGCCAGCGACCAACGGAACACAAUGGGGUCAAGCUACCAUGGCUAGAAACGUUGAAAGGAAUUGUCCAUCAAACAAACCGUGUGCCAACGUCAUUUGCCAGGAGCCUUUUGAAUGCGUCGACCUUUGGAACUAUUACGAUUGCACUUGCGGUGAAGGCAGGAUCAUGACUCCGGACCGCAAAGGCUGCGUGGAUAAAAACGAAUGCCUGGACAGUCCAUGCCGGAACGGUGGCGUUUGCCUAAACCAAGACCCUAGGAUACGUUACCGCUGCAUAUGCCCGGACGGCUUUUGGGGCGAGAACUGCGAACUGGUCCAAGAAGGCCAAAAAUUGAAACUUGGCAUGGGUGCACUGGCCGCUAUACUGGUGUGCCUCCUCAUCAUUCUCAUUCUAGUGUUGAUGUUUGUCGUGUACAACCGGCGACGCGAGUCACACAUUAAAUACCCUGGACCAGACGACGACGUCAGAGAAAACAUAAUCAAUUACGACGACGAGGGCGGCGGCGAAGACGACAUGACCGCGUUUGAUAUCACGCCGUUACAGAUACCCAUCGGCGGAUCGAUGAACAACAUGCACCCGCAGAAAUAUAAAUAUCCAGCAAUGCCCGUGGGCGUGGAACCCAACGUCGGCAUAUUCAUAGAAGACCAUAAGAAACGCGCGGACGGUGAUCCAAACGCCCCGCCGUUCGAUGACUUACGCAAUUACGCUUAUGAAGGAGGCGGCAGUACUGCCGGAUCAUUGUCAUCAUUAAACACAGGUACCGAGGACGAUCACCAGGACUACGAGUACUUGGUAUCUUGGGGUUCGCAUUUCGACAAGCUGGCCGACAUGUACAGCCGGGACGGCGAACGCGAGAUGGACGAGGAGCAGUAGAGGAGACAAAAAGCACGUUUACAGCUAACUGUUGUGUAGAAUAUAAUAUUAUUAUUGUCUUCAUCAUCACGACGUAUCGCACCACAACAUUGAUAGUACGCGUCGUGUCGUAUACUCGUAUUUAUAAUAAAUAAUAUGCAUAAUAAUAAUAAUAUUUUCGUUGUACAUACACACAGGGCCGCUAUAAUUGAACUGAAAAUCUAGUCAUGAUUAAUUUUUUUUUAAUUAAUUUUUUUUUACUUAACUCACUUUAUACAUUAUUAUUAUUAGAUGAUCUCAACUCCCAUUUUGCUGCCAUUUUAUUAUAAUAUUAUAUAAAAUAUGCUUACCGUUUAUCGUUUGUGUUUUACCGUAUUAUAGUAUAUUACAUUAUAUGAUAAUAAUAUUAUAAUACCCAUCCCAGCAAUAAUGUACACUGUUGCGUUACUACUACUACACCCCACUGCAGGACUAAAUUGUAAUAAUUAUUAAAAUAUAUUACGCAUAAUACUAUAGAGCCUCGUUGUACCCUCCUCAUACUGUGACUUUUCGUUAACAUUUUUUUCUAUCAUCAUCAACCCCUUUCAUCAUUCUUAUAGUUUUUUAUUUUUCUUACAAGUAAUGUCGAGUGUUUUUAUAUUAAGUAAUAUAUAUAUUAUCUCAAUAUAAGAGCAAAUCGUUUUAUUAUUGAUUGAUUUUCACUCGAAUGUUUUUACUAUUUUUAUUCAUACAAAACUGAGAAAAAACAUUGUGUACGUCAAAUUAUUGCCAUUAUACUCGUAUAUUCAGGGCAAACGCUACUUUUUUAUUGUAUGCUCAAUUUCUGUUUAGAUGAUUACACAAUAUUAUAGUUGUUUAACAAUAUAUUGUAUAAAUUUGACACUGAAUUAUAUUUGUAAAUCGAGUGAAUCAAUAUAUAAUAUAAUAUUAUAAUUACAGCUGUAACAUAUAAUAAUAUUAUAAUAUACAAUAAACGUAACACGACCCGAGUCGACAAAUCAUAAAAUCAAUUUUUUUGUUCGGUCGAAUAUAAUAUAAUAUUAUGUUGUUAUAUUGAAAUCUUUUCGUACAUAUCUCUCGAUGGAAAAAAAAAGAUGAAAAAAAUGUUUUACUAUACAUUAAACAUAAUAAUAUAAUAAUUAUCAUUUCUAUUUUACGAUAAUAUUGUACAUUAUAUUUGGAAUCAUAUAAAUUAUACAUUAAUUAGUUCACUAUAAUAUUAUAAAUUAAUAAUACCACAUCACGUUUUGUUUUCACCCGGCACAUUUAUAGGAUAUUCAACUGAAAUCGUUAACAAUAUUAUUAUAGUACACUGAACAAAAUAUCAUCACUAUAAUAAAUAUAUAGCUGUACUAUAAAUAUAUCGUAUAGUUGUAUACGACACACCAUACGACCCCUUUUUUCCCCACGCCCACAUCACAACCACAGAUCCAUUAUUUGUUAUUAUAUUUAUAUAUUAUUAAUGUAUACAUAUAUAUUACGAAACGUAGACGGUAUAUAUAUUAUAUAUAUAUAUAUAUAUAAAGAGAGAGAAAUCUUGUCCUAGUGCGUAUUAACCUGAUGUUCCAAUUUUAUAUAUUAUUAUUAUUAUUAUUAUUAUUAUUAUUAAACAUGAAAAAUUAAAAC